AUGUUGCUGAAAGUAAAAUACCUUAGUGUAAAGAAGUACAUCAAAUUUCACUCAGGUUUCACCUAUGUGGAAUUCAUCAAUGAAGCUCAUUCAACACCAUCAUCCUCGGAUGCUAUGUCUUCCUUCACGGAUACCUUGUCACUUUCAUCAAGUGACAGUGACCUAAGGGAACAGGGUAUUCCCACAGGCUGCAGUAGAUCCUGCAAAGAAGACUCAGGCAGUUCUUCAGUAAAGGUUUCUGUGUCAGAGGCUGCGAAAGAGAUGGUUGAAAAUGCCUUGCAUAGGAAGCCUGGUGGAGAGGAUAUUCUUAAAGAGUACCGGUCAGAAAAGUCACUCAGUCAUCGCACCCGGAGACAGCUUGUCAACAUAUUGGCAAGUGAUCUGACCGAGAAACAUGGGAGGAUUCCCUCCCGUCAGCAAAAGGAGAAGUAUGCCUUAGGAAUUAUUACACUCUUUCCUUCACUGAAGGAUCCAUUUUCUCCAAAGGGCUAUGUGAAUCAAGACUUCCUGCUGCUGUUUGGUGCUGAAACAGCCUCCAAGUUGCUUGAGAAGUGGGAUACCUCCUUCAAGCCCAAAAUCAUCAAAGAGGCCAAACAACUGACUCAGUCAGCUGACCUGUGUCGUUUGUUAAAGGCUGCUGAGAAACUUGGUGAGACUGGGCGUAAGAGGAGGACCAAAAUAAGUUCGAGUGAUGAAGUGGACAAAAUGGUGCACUUUCACAAGUCAUGCUGCAGCAUCGAUGAACAUCUGCAAGAAAGAGAGGGUAAACAACCAUAUAUCCUUGCUGUUGGCCGAACACAGAACAGGAUUGACACCUUUUACAUCGCAGUUGACAAACAACUCAUCCCCUGCCAAGCCACCAGCUCAUUGACUGCUUUUGAUCAGCUUUUAAAAUCCCAGUAUGUGUUCAACUUGUCUUAUGAGGAGUCCCUCGUUCAUCUCUACACUUUUGUGCAAACCACCGUAUUCAACAUUGAUGUAACUUCAACAGACGAGUCACCACGUGUCCGUGAGUUGCGUGCCAAGAUUCUGAAUGAGAAUUGA